UCACUUUGCUGUCGGGCGAAGGUGAAGGUGCGGCAGCACGAGACAACAGCGCUUGGAAAUUGGACAUUCACAAGACAUUUGAGUCUUCUUGUCGUCACUUGUCUCGCCUCCAAACAAGUAAUCCUCUUCUGACUCAGCCAAACACUUCACCUUCCGCGGACAGAAGCCAACGUUUUCCUUCUCUUCUUCAUCAAGAACACGAAAUUGUCACGCCUUGACAGCUGUUGACGCUCAAUACAAACGAAAGCCCCUGUUGGUGCCAUAAGAAUCGGUACCAGCGCGCAUGAAGCAAUGCCUUCACCAGAGAGUAUGACAGAGUGGCGACGCAAAUUCAAGCAGAGAGACGAUGAAUUUCGUGCGGCCGUCGAGCAUCAUUCCAGUCUCGAUGCUGCACUCAAUCAAAUCGAAUUGCUGGCAAACUCAGGAGACAGCGUCAGCAGCGAAGCUCUCCGAGCGGCAUUAGUGAGUGCUCGAGCUGGCGCGGCAGGUCUGGACAGCCACCUUCGGAAUACAGGUCGCCCGUCGCUGUAUACUGAGCGCUGCCCCGACCGAGCUCGCGGCCUAGCUCAGCGUGUAUUCGAUGUCCCAGAGCUACUCGAAUUGAUCCUCAGCAAAUUGCCUGUGCUCGAGCUCCUGAAGUGCUACCGCGUCAACCACCAAUGGCGUGAUGCCAUUGAGUCGUCAGUCAAUCUGCAGCGGCAGCUGUCCCUGCGCGCAGACACCCUCGAUGGCCACUUCCAAAACGUCUUUCAGGGGCGCAUUUGCGGAUACAGCGAAGUCUUGCCAGGUUUUGGCACGCGAGCCUUCUUCAGCACGCAUCGAGCACUCUCUAGCUACGAAGAGACCCUUCCUGGCAACGAAAUACUGUUCAAGGCCGAAUUCGCAAGCACGAACGACUACUUUCGUAUGCCGAAAAAGAUUGGGGCAAGAGUGCGGAGAAUGUACGUUUGCCAGCCUCCAGUGAAGGAGCUCAAAGUCUACCUCGAAUGCUGUCGCUAUAAUUUCACGCAUCACUCGGACGACCACGACCGACACUCCGCGACAGUGGCGAAUGAGAAUGGACUGACGAUAGGCGACCUUCUGGACAAGACAAUAGAGAUGCUCGAGGCCCAUAAGUUCUGCGCAAAUGCCGAAGUGUUCAUGCUGGACGACGAGACGGGGGAAGUGAAGAACGAGGUCUCCUUCCGUGGUACGGUCGUGCUCAAAGAUGACGACCCGAUGCUGAUAGAGAAGCGUGAGAAGGAGGAAACGCGUCAGAGGGAGUUUCGGGAGAAGAAAUUGCGUCGGCAGUAUAUCGAGCAAUAUCGCACUGCGGCGCGACUAGCGAGAGAGUCAAAUCAACCCAUGCCAGAUCUCCAGGAAUUCAUCGCAGAGGCGACAAAACGAGAACUUGAAGCAGCAUCAUGAGGUCAUGACGAAACCCGAAAUCGUUGAGUGCUACCUGGUCCAGACAUGCGGCUUCAGCGCAGCGCACAAGAAGACGCGGAAAAAAAGCUUGCAUACAAAUGGUACACGAUGCUCUGUUUACAGCAUACGCUACCAC